CCGCGCAUUACACGCCCCCGUCCACAGGGAAACAAACCGCCGAGGUUUCCGAUGUCACUGAGACCCGUACUGAAGUUUCUCUGAGCUGACUUCUAAGAAGCGACUCGGUCUUAAUGUAUGUUCAGACUUUUUAAAUAAGUUUUUAGUAGUUUUUUUACUUGCUCGAAAGCUAAAAGCUAAAAACGCGUAUAAUUCAAUGUGGGCCGUGAACGCAGCGCGACCUCAGGCGACUUGACGUCGUUUUCUGCUCAUUUGAGGACCGACUGUGGUAAGACGAACAAUAACUAACCGAGUUAUGUUUGUGCUGCUGUCCCGCUGCUGUGUGAGGGUAACCCGGAUUAAAGCUGGCAGCUGUGCGCUCCAAGGAGGGAUAUCCCGGGCUAAGAUAGCAAGAGCUAAUUCCCCGGGGCCUCUCGAGCUUCCCAAUCCUAUAAACCUGCACACAGUUUUCAGGUACUUUGGCAGGAAAUCAUCAACCAUGUCCCAGACUGUCCCUCCAAUUCUCUCCGUUGUCCCCACCCGGGCUGUGGUGGAUGAGACGUUCAAGGUGCUGGUGGAGAAUCUACCUCCAGCAUCUCCAGUAACAAUCCGCUCCCUCCACCACUCUGAGGACCAGGACUACUGGGAGGCUUACGGGUUCUACAUCAGUGAUCACAGAGGAACAGUGUCUGUUUCGGAGGAUUUGAGUUUCGGGGGCACGUACACGGGAAAAGAGCCCAUGGGUUUGCUGUGGAGCAUGCGUCCUGUCCCAGGCAGCCGCAGAGGCCUCAGGUUAAGAAAGAUGAACGUGUGCACGCCCAUGCUGGUCGACAUCUCGGUCUACAGCGGACACGAGGGCUUCGGGGAUCGGGCUCCUCUGGCCUCGGUGCUCACAGAGAGAUGGUACAUGGCUCCGGGGGUCAAGAGGAUCGAAAUCAAAGAGAAGGGAGUGCGCGGGACCCUGUUUAUACCUCCAGGUCCAGGACCCUUCCCCGGCCUGUUGGACAUGUGGGGAGGGGGUGGGGGUCUGCUGGAGUAUCGCUCUGCCUUGCUGGCGUCUCGGAGUUACGCAGCUCUGGCGCUGGAGUAUUUCUCUGCUGGUGAGCUGGAGUCGGUAGAGCUACAGUUAAAAUACUUUGAGACGGCGUUUAACAUCCUCAGGGAUCAUCCUCAAGUGAUGCCAGACAGAGUUGGACUUUUUGGUCUUUCCUUGGGCUCGCUGGUGUCCCUGUACUUGGCGACUGCGAGCACUGCUAUCAAACCUCGUUGUUGCGUUUGCAUCAGCGGCAACCACUCGUACCCACUUGGGAAGCCCCUCAGUGGAAUCUACGAGGAGCUGAGCAGGAAUUCUCACAAGGUGCGUGUGGAUGAGAACAACCAUAUGAUUUGGCGAGACAUGGGUCUGGCAAUUAUGAGUAACCCCUCAAAUAACAUGGACAUUGGGAAAAUAAACUGUCCAUUGUUGCUGGUCAACGGUCUUGAUGAUCAGAACUGGCCUGCGGUGGAGUCAGCUGAGGACAUUGCUCGGCUGAUGCGUGCCGCAGGUAAGGAACACCUGCUGACCAGAUUGACGUACCCUGAUGCUGGACACCUGAUUGAGCCGCCCUUCUCACCUCACUUCAGAGCGACUAACUUUAUAGAAACUAUCCAAAAACAAAAAGUGGUAAUGCUUUGGGGAGGACAAACCAAACCUCACUCGGACGCUCAGGAAGACUCCUGGAGGCAGAUUCAGAGUUUCCUGCAGCUGCACAUGUACAACAGCACGACUCCCAGGGCCAAGUUGUGAAUGACUUCAUGAGCACAGACUGCUGGGACACGCAGCGCUGGGUGACGAGGUCAUGACAAACUACCUCAACCUCACUACAGAGUAUACACACUGUGUAUACAUAUGUGCCUGUUUUAACUGUGUGCAUUUGUUCCGAUGACUAGAAUUCACUAAACAAAUCAUGUCUUUGUUAUUGUAAAAUUGUGCCUCUAUAUAUGUUAAUGUAAGUUGUUGAUGUCUAGAGAACAUAUCAGAAUAUAUUGGAUGUUAACACCUCGUUAAACUCUUUUUCGGGUUAUAACAAGAUAUUUAAUAGAAGAAAAUACUUUGACAUAUUUUUUAUUACUAGAUAACAAAUUAUUAUUUUUUAAUUACAAGAUGUUCAUGUUGUGAUUAUUUUCUCGUCUCUCGUGGAUAAUAGGGAAAAAUAUUUUGUAAAAGUAAGAAGUUUCAUGAAAGAAACAUUAAGUUUUUGUCAUGGUGGCAACAAUAAAUUUGUUUUCUGUGGGUUAAAAGUUU